AUGUUCACACUCCCUCAGAAGGACUCCGGGACACCUACCACCUCUCCGGGUUCAGUCUCCACACAGGGCCUGCACAGUAACCGUGGGGAUGGUCUGGAAAGAGAAGGCUCCAGAAAACCAGACCAGAAGCCGCUGAAGCUCUAUGGAGUGGGUGAUCCCACUGCCAUGUUCUUCUCCGACAGCCCCUACCUGUCCUCUAGAGGAAGCACCAUUAAAUGGUUCUGGGAUUCAGCAGAGGAGGGCUACAGGACCUACCACAUGGAUGAGUAUGAUGAGGAUGAGAACCCCAGUGGCAUCAUUAACUUGGGCACCAGUGAGAACAAACUCUGCUUUGACCUGCUGUCCAGGCGGCUGAGUCAGAGUGACAUGCUGCGGGUGGAGCCGUCCCUGCUGCAGUACCCUGACUGGAGGGGACAUCUGUUCCUCCGGGAGGAAGUGGCCAGGUUCCUGUCUUUCUACUGCAGGAGCCCUGCACCCCUUAAACCAGAGAAUGUGGUGGUUCUGAAUGGCUGUGCCUCUCUCUUCUCCGCUCUGGCCACGGUACUGUGUGAGGUGGGGGAGGCUUUCCUGAUCCCUGCCCCUUACUACGGAGCCAUCACGCAGCAUGUGUAUCUCUAUGGCAACGUCCGACUGGUCUGUGUCUAUCUGGAGAGUGAGGUCACUGGGCUGGAGACACGCCCCUUCCAGCUCACAGUGGAGAAGCUCGAGAUGGCGCUGGCAGGAGCUAAUUCUGAGGGUGUGAAGGUCAAAGGCCUCAUCCUCAUCAACCCCCAGAACCCUCUGGGUGAUGUCUAUUCCCCAGGAGAGCUGCAGGAGUACCUGAAGUUUGCCAAGAGGCAUGAGCUGCACGUGAUGGUGGAUGAGGUCUACAUGCUGUCCGUGUUUGAGGAGUCGGUUGGGUACCACAGUGUCCUGAGCCUGGAAAGGCUGCCUGACCCCCAGAGGACCCAUGUGAUGUGGGCGACCAGCAAGGACUUCGGGAUGUCUGGGCUCCGCUUUGGCACGCUGUACACAGAAAACCAGGACGUGGCCACUGCGGUAUCCUCCCUCUGCCGCUAUCAUGGCCUCAGUGGCUUGGUCCAGUAUCAGAUGGCACAGCUGCUCCGGGACCGUGACUGGAUCAACCAAGUGUACCUGCCGGAAAACCAUGCCCGGCUCAAGGCUGCUCACACCUAUGUGUCGGAAGAGCUCCGGGCCCUGGGGAUCCCCUUCGUGAGCCGUGGGGCCGGCUUCUUCAUCUGGGUCGACUUGAGGAAGUACCUGCCUGCGGCCACCUCUGAGGAAGAGAUGCUGCUCUGGCGCCGCUUUUUGGAUAACAAGGUGCUACUGUCCUUUGGCCAAGCCUUCGAGUGCAAAGAGCCUGGCUGGUUCCGCUUGGUUUUCUCUGACAAGACCCACAGGCUUCGCCUGGGGAUGCAGAGGGUCCGGCGGGUGCUGGAGGGCAAAUCCCAGGUGGCAGAAGACGCCCCUUCCUGCUAG